AAGAGAUUGUCAACAAGCAAAGAUAACAUUAAUCUGAUUCUGAUAAAGACAAGAAUGUUUUCUGUUUUAAUUCAUUUUCCUAAGAAAUUAACAGACUAAUUGUUGAUCAAGACAAGUUAACAAUAGAAACAUUGAUCAACACUUUAAAAUACAACGUAUAGCCAUUUCAAAAACCAGUAAAUCUCUGAUCUUUUCCCAUCAAGUAUUCACUUCUCGCUUAGCCUGGAAAUAAGUCGAAACUUUUAAAACCUUUACACACUAAUCAACCAAAUUAUUUUAACGUUCAUAUCGUGCAACUAUUAGCAAACUUAAAGGACGCUUACAAUGAAAGAGUUGACAUCAGAAGUGAUUAACAUUGACAAAUGGAUUGAAAAAAAUGGUCCCUACCUAAAACCUCCAGUUGGUAACAAAUGUAUUUUUAACGGACAAUUGAAGGUUUUCCUGGUUGCUGGGCCAAAUCAACGAUCUGAUUAUCAUGUUGAAAAUGGUGAAGAGAUAUUCAUUAUGCUUAAAGGUGACAUGGUAUUAAAUAUAAUUGAAAAAGGUAAACCCAAAAGCAUAACAAUUAAAGAAGGGGAAAUAUUUGUAUUGCCCAGUCGGAUACCUCAUAGUCCACAGCGAUUUGAAGAUACCCUUGGUAUGGUCAUUGAAAGGGAAAGAUUACCAGAAGAAAUGGAUUGCUUACGAUAUUAUUGUGAUUCCAAUUGUGAUCAAGUAUUGUAUGAGAGAUGGUUUCAUCUUGUUAAUCUUGAUGUUGACAUUAAAGCAGCGAUUGAUGCAUUCAAAGGUUCAAUUGAAUGUGAAACUGGUAAACCAAGUCAACUGUAUGACAAUUCAACCGCUCCUCAUCCAGAUGAUGUCCAAAGCCAGGUAUUAUCUCCUAUUUAUCUACUAGAUUGGUUUAAAUACAACUACCAGAACAUUUCAGAUGGAUUUGCAUCCAUAUGGGACAGUUCAAAGGAGUCGAAAGUUGGCUUUUAUGGUCCAGGUAAACAUAUUGUCGUCUCUGUUCAACAUGAGCUUUUUGUUUGGAAUCUUGGUUCAUAUGCUAAAAUAACAAUUGAUGAUGACAGUCAACAUAAAUUAACAUUCAAUGAUACAAUGAUUAUUGACCGAGGCUCUGUUAUUACUCUCGCUUCUGAUGGGCCAACUUUCGUUGCCUCCAUGAAGCCAACUCAAUAGAAGCAACUAUUGAAACAAUCUAUUAAUCUAAUAAUAUCAAGUGUCAUUAAAUAAUCAUAAACUUGUACCAUUUAUAUCUCAAUUUUAAAUUAAGACUUGGUAAAUGAUAAAGCAAAUUUUUCUGAAUAAAGCAACAGUCAAUUUACGCCUAA